AAAAAACCCGAAAUUUUAUAAGAUAUGCCAUCAAGGGAAAGUUUGUGAGAAAAAAAAAAAAACAAAAAUAAACAAACCAUAAAACCAACAACAGAACGUGGAUCUGAUAAAAAAAAAAAGUACAACAAUAACUAAAUUAGUUACGAGAAAACUAGAUUAAAAUGAAUAAACAUAAAAUACCCAAAUUAGUCUUAGGACUAACUAUAUUAAGUUUAUUCACACCCCAUAUAGCACUGGCACAAGAUGAAUCUUUGGCGGAGUUUUUGUCCGGCCUUUUAGAUACUAUUACCAGUACUGCAGAUUCCAAGGAUUGUCCUGGUGUUUGUGUUCACACUUUAGCUACUUUGAUAUGUUAUGAAGUUUUGGAUGAUAUACCCUGUCCCUCGGCUAGUAUGAAAUGUUGUAUAGAAAGUGCUCCUACGAAAAAUGUCACAGCACAUCAUACUACUAGUAGUACAACAACGACGACGACUACCACAACUGCCACCUCGACUAGGAAGCCAACAACAACAUCGGCUAAGCCUAAACCGAAAACUACCACAACUACCACUCCCAAGCCAAAGACAACGCAAAAGAAGCCUAGUACCACUACCAAGACUACGACUAAGAAACCGGUAACCACAUCGACUACUGCAGCCUCCAAGAAGUCAGAGAAAGUAAAGGAUGCUGAUGAUAAGAUAAACGAAAACUGUAAAGGUGUUUGUGUAGCCGAUCGUAUUGCCGAAUACUGUGAAGCCUAUUUGACCAGUGAUGGUUUGUGUAAAGAGGGCACUAAAUGCUGUGUCUCUUUAGAUGACUAUUCCAAUACCAAAUUGCCUAAGGAUAUCUAUAUACCAGCUAAACACAUGGCCAAUCUUAGUAGUCAGCAAAACAAAACGAAAACCGCCUCUUCUACAAAAACAGCUAGUGGCACAAAGACCUCCUCCAGCAGUACUAGCACAACAACAACAACAACUUCUACUACACCCGAACCAGCAAGAACUAAAAUCAUUAGCAGCAGUUCCAGUCAAAAUAAACCGGUAAAACAUAAAAAGACACCCACAGCUCACACAACCACGACCACAACACCCGAACCCAUCGAGGAGGAAGAAGAAACCGAAGAGCAGCAGGAUGAAGAUGAAAACGAUAAGAAUGAUAAUGAAAAAACGGAAAAUUCUAAUGGACAAGUUUUAAAGGAAUGUGAGGGAGAAUGUAUGAAUGGCAUUUUAGCCAUAUUCUGUGAUGAUAUUGACUCGGAAGCUUUCUGUCCUAAUGAAGGCAGUUGCUGUAUAACCGGACAACAACAGCAGUCUGUUACCUCACCAGCCAUUAAGAAUAAUCCAACUAAAGCUCCCACGAAAAAUCAUCCCAAGCCAACACAUAAACCACAAAAAACCCAACCUCCUCCACCACCACCUUCCUCAUCGUCCAGCCAAACGGGAGGCAAUGAUUUGUUCUCACAGAUUCUUUCAUUUGCUGAAAAUACCCUUAGUGGUGGUAAUGGUCCGGCUCAGCAGCCCGCUCCACAGGCUCCACCCAAAAUACCCAGAUGUCCUGGUUUUUGUUUGCUCAAUAUAAUGGCUGCUUUCUGUGAAAGACCUUCGGUAUUGAUAUCGGGACCCACGACUUGUGCUAAGGGUUCUGUCUGCUGUGAUAACUCUCGGGCUGGUUCACCUAGACCACCACCACAAAAUAGACAACCACCUUCAUCGCCACCACCACCACCUACACAAGCACCCUAUGUCAUUGCCAACACACCAUCGCCAGAUCCUCGUGAGGAAUGUCCUGGUUCCUGUAUAGUUAGUUUGUUAAGUUUUACCUGUUUCAAAAAUGCCGAAAUGACUGAUCUUUUCAAAUGUAAACGUUCGGGUCAGACUUGUUGUGCUCCUAAGAGUAAGAUUUUGGAAAAACAACAAUUCCAAACACGCAAUGAUACUUCAUAUGCUCAUUAUCCACCACCGCCACCACAAUUGGGUGUUCAACAAUAUCCACCACAAUCGGCCUAUCCACCACCUCCACCUCAGGCUUAUAUGCCUACACAGCCGCCUCAAUUCAGUCAUCAUUAUCCACCACCACCUCCACCUAUGCAAGUGCCUCAACAGCAACAACCUAAUUAUGAUUACUCCAUCUAUGGACCCAGCAUAGUGCCUCAUCAACAAGGUUUACCGCCACCACCUCCACAACUGCAGCCACAACAUUUGGCACCACCACCACCCACUACCACACCUCCCACAACUACUAGCACUACCACCACCACCGCCAGACCUCAUGUCUAUUCGAAAUAUGUUUGCGGUGUCAAGGGUACUUUACGUUCUGGUCGAGCUCUUUCCUCUACUCCCGCCCUUUCUCUCGUCUCCUAUGUACGUGCCAAAUAUGGUGUGCAUCGUCAAUCUCGUCAACUUAGCGAGUCCUAUGGCAUUCCUGUGGGUGUACAAAAAUCCUCAGAACGUCUGAUACUCGGCUCUGAUAUAGUACCCAUACAGAUACACAACGAUAAAUUGGGUGAUUUAAUACAAAAUGAUGUUACAAACUUUAAUCAAGUUAGAUCUUAUCAAGAUGAUGCUCCCUCGACGAUAGUUAUGGCUAAGUCAUAUUAUGAUACCUUUAAUGUUACCAGCAGAAGACGUGCUCGUGUUGUGGGCGGUGAAGAUGGUGAUAAUGGUGAAUGGUGUUGGCAAGUGGCUUUGAUUAAUUCGAUGAAUCAGUAUUUAUGUGGUGCAGCUUUGAUCGGUACUCAGUGGGUGUUGACAGCGGCUCAUUGUGUGACAAACAUUGUUCGUUCUGGUGAUGCCAUCUAUGUGCGUGUUGGUGAUUAUGAUUUGACCCGCAAAUACGGCAGUCCAGGAGCUCAAACUUUAAGAGUGGCUACCACUUACAUACAUCACAAUCACAACAGUCAAACUUUGGACAAUGACAUUGCUCUACUUAAAUUACAUGGUCAAGCUGAAUUAAGGGAUGGUGUCUGUUUGGUCUGUUUGCCUGCCCGAGGUGUUAAUCAUGCAGCUGGUAAACGUUGUACAGUAACAGGCUAUGGUUAUAUGGGUGAAGCUGGUCCCAUACCUUUACGUGUCCGUGAGGCUGAAAUACCUAUAGUCAGUGACACAGAGUGCAUACGUAAAGUUAAUGCAGUGACAGAGAAAAUCUUUAUAUUGCCCGCUUCUAGUUUCUGUGCUGGCGGUGAGGAGGGUAAUGAUGCCUGUCAGGGUGAUGGUGGCGGUCCUUUGGUCUGUCAAGAUGAUGGUUUCUAUGAAUUGGCCGGUUUAGUUUCAUGGGGCUUUGGCUGUGGCCGUGUUGAUGUACCCGGUGUUUAUGUUAAAGUUUCCUCGUUUAUCGGUUGGAUUAAUCAAAUCAUAAGUGUCAAUAAUUUAUAGUUGUCUUUAUCGGCAUAAAUUUAAUCACUUUUAAAUAAUUAAGUUUUAUGGAAUAAGUUGAUGAAAUUAAAAAUUCGUUUGAUGACAAAUUGCGAGUUGUUAGUAAAAUAAGUUAUUAAUGCAAAAAAGCAACAAAAUACCAAUUAGAAAUGAAAUUAAUAAGGUUUCUUCCUUUUAUUUAUUAUGUAUUUAAUUUGAAGGCAAAAUUCCAAAGGAGUUUUUUUUAUAUUAUUCUAAAUGAUUAUUAUUAAACAUUAUAAUGUUAAAAUAGUUUUUUAUUAAUACAUAUAUUUUUUCAUUUAUUAUAUAAAUUUUUAUAUAAACAAAGAGUUUAAAAAAAUUCUUAAACUCUGAAAUAUUUAUAUGAUUUAUAUAAUUUUUCUUUAAUUUAAUAUAAUAUUAUAUGACUGUUAUUUUUAUAUUUUAGUAUUUUUAAUAUUAUUUCUAUUAAGACAUUUAAUUAUUACUAAAUUUUAUUUAAAAAAAACAUAUAUAUUUAAUUUUAAGUUAAACUUUUUUUCCAAACGAAAGAAAAAUUAGUUUUUGCUUUUUUGAAAUUAGAAGUGAAAAAAUAAAUUUAGAAAUUUUUCAAAGAUAUUGUAUGCAUAUCGUAAAAUAUUUAAUUAUAUAUAUUUUGUAUAUAUUUUUAAGUCAUUUAUUUUAAAUAAAAAUAUAUUUG